CACUGACACUCCCUUUCCCCCAACCUCAGUAGAGAGAAAGAUGGCGCCCAUUCACAUAUUGAGAUGCUGCCAACGGGGAUUUGCUUGGAUACCUGUGAUUUUCAUUGCUAUGGUCGUCUGCUGGUCCUAUUAUGCCUAUGUGGUGGAGCUUUGCAUUUUCACCAUCAAGAGUAUAGGAAUACAGGUGGUAUAUCUCAUCUUCUUCCACCUCUCCUUCAUAAUGUUUGUAUGGUCUUAUUGGAAGACCAUCUUCACAAAGCCUGCCAACCCUUCCAAAGAGUUCUGCUUGCCCAAGGCGGAGAAGGAGCGCUAUGAGAAGGAAGAGCGGCCAGAAUCCCAGCAAGACAUUCUAUGGCGAGCUGCUGCCAGCCUGCCACUUUAUACCCGCACCGGAGCAGGAGCAAUUCGUUACUGUGACCGCUGUCAAGUAAUCAAGCCGGAUCGGUGUCAUCACUGCUCUGCGUGCGACAUGUGUGUGCUGAAGAUGGACCAUCAUUGUCCCUGGGUGAACAACUGUGUGGGCUUCUCCAACUACAAGUUCUUCAUCCUCUUCUUGGCGUACUCUCUGCUUUACUGCUUGUUCAUUGCAGCCACAGUGCUACAGUAUUUCAUCAAGUUCUGGACUCUUUGCCGGAGAAAAUCGGCUGAGAACUGCCCAAAGAAUGACCUGCCAGAGACCCACCAACACGCCAAAUUCCAUGUCUUGUUUCUCUUUUUUGUUGCGGCCAUGUUCUGCAUCAGUAUUCUCUCCCUCUUCAGCUACCACCUGUGGCUUGUCGGGAAGAACCGGUCCACUAUAGAGGCGUUCAGAGCACCUGUCUUCAGGACUGGGUCCGAUAAGAAUGGCUUUUCUCUGGGGUUCCGAAAGAAUAUCGCUCAGGUAUUUGGAGACGAGAAGAAGUACUGGCUGCUGCCAGUCUUUACCAGUCAAGGAGAUGGUCUGACAUUCCCCACCCGGCUCGUCAAUGCAGACAUCGAGCAACCGACAAUCACCGUGCACCCGGAGCCUAAUAAAUGUGAAGUGACUGUGAGCCCGCUCUCCGAAUCACAGAACCGCCUUCUGAGCAACGAGCAGCAUACUAACAGCGUUGUACACCAUAUGGCUAAUAAUCCCGUCAAAUCAGACCCAAACGACAUCACCACAGUCUCCAUGAAGUGAAUCCUAACCAGGAGUGACUCCUCAAUCAUCCAGUCUGAUGCCUUAAGCCGUGCGACAAUUUCACUCAUUGCCAUGGUGACGACCCCUCAGUGCAACCGCAGAGUAACUACGGAAAUGCAUUCCUUUUGCAUAGCACAGAGCUGUGUCCACGGCAUUGGCUUUUUCUCUGCAUGCAGCAGCAGCACCAGCUGUCCUAAACCUUCAUUUUUAACGCUACACAUAUCUGUAUUAUUGGAUGAUUAUGCUUUCUUUUUCUGGAAUAUUUAUAAUGACGCCUGUGGAAAUCCUUUGCUGGAGUUAUGAGCUGCUUUUUAAAUUUUUUUCAUUUUUAACUUUGUAUUUUUUUUUGGUGCCAAAAGUUACAUGGAUCCAUCCACAUUAAGAUGGUUUUACAGGCACAAAGCUGGAGCAAAAUGUGGGAGAUAAGCUGUCUCGUUACCUUUUUGUUUUCUGUGAAGAAUCCAUUGAAGAUGGGGCAAUUAUUUUUCUUUGAACUGUAUUCUUGGAAGAUUGUGGGUAGGGGGGGACAUCCCAGCACACUUCCCAGAUGGAUGGGUCAGUGGACCGAUUUUGUCAGAGCACAAGAUGGUGGAUUUGCACUGCAGAGAUCGUCGAUGUCCAUCAUUGUGCUGCUUUUUCACAGGUUGGCAAAGCAAAUGGAAAUGGAUCUUUUGUGUGCGCGCGCUUGUGUCUGUGUGUUUAUAAUGUGCAGCAUUAUUUCGUGCUUUUAUAUUGGGGUGGGACUUUAACGCAUUAAUUGUGAUUAAUUAACUAUAUAAAAUAGUUUGGGGGGGGUGAACCUAUUUUAAUCUCAUUUUGUGUUGCAAACAAAGUGGAGGUUUCCUGUCAUACCGAUUAGAAGGCCACCAAAACAGAGGAAUUGGAUGAAACAACAUAUCCAAGACUCAUGAGAGGCAAAUUUCAUGAGGAAAGAAGAAUAAUAAGAAGAAGCCUUGGUAAUUGUAAUUUUGUGCAAAAAGGAGUUUCCAUACCACUUAAGCACUUCAAUACUCCAACAUGUGAUACAACUUUUCAACUUACAUGCCGACAUUUAGGGAUAAUGCUGUCUUUAAAAAAAAAAAUAAAAUGGCACUUUAACUUUAGGUCUUUCAUUUUGGCCAGAGAUAUUUUCUAUUAAUUUUUGUACUGUUUUGUAUAGAAAUGCACUUAAAUGCAUAUACCAGAGUUAACAAUAUUCCUGUCUGUGUCAAUUACUUGACGCAAUCAUACAUUAAAAUCCAUUUGAAUUCAACCAUUUGCUUUUUGGGACAAAUAUUGUGACAUGAUUCAAAUGUGAUUCAUUACAAAGCCUCUAAUUGUUUUUUUUUUUUAAUUUUUUUUUUUUGAGUCUCACCCCUGGUUUUUAUACAUUAGCUUGCGGUGUAUAUAGAAUUCCCUUAUGUUUUGUUCUGCCCACAUUGCUUGAAAAAUUCAACUUUUAUUGCCAAAGUAAGGGCUGAACCAUCAGGAGUUCAUAUUUCUGAACUACAGUACACUUGUUUACAGCAUCCUUAGCUUUACCUUUCAGCUCUGUGGGCCAAACGACAUGAAGUCAUUGCGCUUUUUUUUUUUUUUUUUUUUCUCAAAACUGGACCUCUUGCUUAUCAUGUCUCACUCUGACCAGCAGGUGGCAACCGGGCGUUAGUGUUGCUUCCACACUACACAACAAUUAUCGUAUACACGAUGUUUAUGUGGGUAAUUGAGAAUUAUUAUUUUUUUUAUUAUAAGCAAAUUUGCGUUGUAAUGGAUGUCCGAGCCUCAGCGUAUGUUUAUGGCUCAACCAUCCCGUGUCGGUGGCAAGGCAGGAACAUCAUCAAUCACAUAGCGUCUCAAGUGCAUCACUAUUAUUUUUCAGUGCAGGAUUUUUAUUUUUGGGAUGACCAAAUAAUUUACCAAGGAAUUCUGUUCCGUAUAUGCAACUUUAGCAGCACAUUAUAUUCAUGUCUAAUGGCAUCUUUGUGGUUGUUGCUGGAUGAGCCUCUUGGUGUUUGCAUCCCAUGCUGUACGAGUUUACUACAGCCAUUAAUAUAUCGUAUAGAGUUACCUGUGGUGUUGUACCUUGUUUUCUAUCAUACUGUAGCUGUGAUACAUGUAAACAAAAUGGUAUUUAAUGUGAUGAGGGAGAGUUGUUAAUGCCUGCUCUCUGGAUUUUGUUUACCUGUUGUUGUUCAAACAAGUUGCAAAUUAGACAUUGGAAGAUAUGAUUAAAAAAGCUCAGUGGGCAUCCUAACAUGAGGCCCCAUCGAAAUGUAAGAAAUCAAAAUUUAGUGAACAAAUUUCUUUACAGGCCAUUCAAAAAAAGCAUGAUGAACUAGAACUUCUCCAUUGUUACCAUCUAAUUCCAAUAUUUGGACCUAUCAUCAUUUUAUUUUCUAUAAAUGGCCUCAUCUUUUUCUGGGCUGUUGGACCUCGACGUCAACGAGUGCGUGUGUAUUUUUUGCAAUGUGUUGUUUUGUAAAAUUAUUGUCUUGAGAGAAAUGCUUCAGUGCAGCAACCUGUUUUCUUAUGUACGAUGUACGAUAGGCGUAAUGCCAGAAUAAAGCCAAAAGCAUGGCGCCUCCCUGUCAAAAAAAUUGAAUUGUAGCUGUGUGUCGACCUGGUUCCGAAAUGAAGGUGCAUCAUGUUUGAAAACAGCUUUAUUCUGGUGUGUCUGAAUAAAUGAAGCCAUAA